AGUUUCCUUUGUCGAAGAAAUGCGACAUGAUACUACAAAAUCUUUUUUCGGAUGUGUUACCUUUGAUGUGGAUCCUUCUCGCAUGCUACAGUUAUCCAGACUAUGUGCUAGUCUACCGGCGUUUGCUUCUGAGGCGUUACGCAUGUGCCCAAAUCCUUCUGUUCGAUUGCACCCAGGUGAAUGGUUGGUAAUGGUCGUUGGUAACGAAUUAUUUUUAUGGAAAUAUUCCACUUCUCUGCAAACGCAUACUCAGUCAUCGUGCUUGCACUUCAGUUUACCAGCCAGCGAUAUGCCACAUAGUGCUCUCUUAGUGGGUCUCAUCUUCCCAGCGACCCUAAGCUCCGUUUCUGCGCCCGCGUCUCCAACCAGCUGCCUGGCACUCAGUGCUUGUGGGGAAAACUUGCGGUUGUGGCCUCGACUGGCCAGAAACUCAAUUCACACUGACAUCAAAUUGACUCCGACUGGCGAUCUGGUCGGCGAUGAAGCUGUACAAUUGGAACGCACGUCAGUGCCGGGAACUUUCGUCUUGGCAACUCGUACUGGUCGCUUGAUUCUGGUGGAUCCCAGGAACGCUAGAAAUGGUGUUAGUUGCCGUCCUCUGGUGAAUACCACUAAACCAGAUUGUCGCCCGGUAUCCAGCGGAUUCGGAGCAACGUCCAAUUUGCUUUCAGGCAUUGGGCGUAAGGUCUCAAACAUAUUUGGUCUGGUCGGCUUCUCAAACGCAGUGGGGUCACGCAUUGCUUCUCGCAACAGUGCAAAUACGUUCUUCGUCCGCCUCGUCACAAGAUCAAGUGCAUCACCGAGCGGUCUCUGCUUCGUCUACAUGCUUCUCGGCAAUCAGCUGGAAGUAUGGUCACUCGAUCAGUCCUUGGAGGAGCAGUUGCACAACGUUUUCACUGUGGAGUCCCUCCUUAGUUCCUCAAUGAACGAAUCCUCGUUCGAUCAUUGGCACGCUGUCGAUAUGACCGUCCAGCAUACACGUAGCUUCGUCUCAACCAAUGAGUUGGUGUAUAUACUUAUUGGCAACUCGAGUGCCGGAACCAGCGGCUCGGAUGCGUUUUACCUGCUCACUCUCAGUCUGGGCGGCUCCGAUUCAAACGUUCAGUUUUGCCAAACUUUUUCCACUUCUUUGGUACCUGUUGACUGGCCUUUUGGGUCCGGACAUCAAAUUGACGCUGUACAGUUUUGUCUACCUGCUGCACACUCUGCCGAUUUGGAUCUCCCGCCUGUUUAUCCCUGCUUGCUUGCCUGUCUCCACUGUGUCCCUUCAGGUCAGGUGGCAAUCGUUGAAGUAUUGACUGGACACCUCGUCGCCAAGCUUCAGUUUGGGCAGCACACCGGAUCCAACGAAGGGGUCCGUUUACCUCCUGCAUCGGGUUUACUUGGAUGUGGUGGUGUAGAGCCGAACAACUUGUUCGUUUUUGUCACGGCCCAGCGUGGUCUUUUGACUUUGGCGCCUGUCACGGGCUCUGUGUUCUCCACGAAUAUCUCUCAGAUGAGCGAGUUCAACUCUAUUUCUGGCCACGGUUCGUCCCAAUCGUUUAAGAUGAAGUCCAGCAAUUUGAGCAUCGAUUCUGUGUCCAGCGAGCCUCCAAAAACCCGUAUAGAGUGUAUGCCCGUUGUCCUUGUUCGCACGCAUGAGAAAGGAUUGAUUCACGUCGCCAUUCAACUUGCUUCCGACCGCUUGUCCCUUUGGGACCCUAACGAUACUGCUCGCGCUCCACUGUUGCUUUCCCCUGCUGAUCUUACUUUCGCUGCAUUGUCUGAGGCUGCCCGAGUUUUUUGGAUGGGAUUUCGCGAGCAAACGUCCAAAUAUAUUUCCGCACUUUUGAAAGAACCCGGUUCGAACUGGCACAUUGCUCCUGGUUUCUUGCGUCUGUCUCGACGCGUUCUCAAUGAAUGCCCCUUAUCCGAUGCCCGAUGGCGUUCGAUCUUGACGUCAGCUACAGAAGACCACGAUAGGGUGAUAACAGAAGGUUGUUCCGGCUUCCAGUACGUGGUACCAAAAUCUGGCUCCGGAGCGCCAUUGCACACCGUUCUUCGAUUCGACGUAAAACAAGAAGCUAUUCAACGUGUGAAGGAGCUGUGGACUCUGGCUUGUGACUCUUCGCACUGGUUGUGCACUUCUGGAAUUUUGCUGGACAUUUCCACAGCACAUCGACAUUUGGGACUCAACUUGUCGGCAUCUGACUCGGGAUUGGAUAUAAGCAUCGAUGGCGACACGGGAAUUCGACGGUGUUUUGCUGGGGAAGUAGAUUUUUCCUCCGAAGCGGCACAUACAAACGAAGAAGACAGUGUCAUUGAGAGAUAUGCUUGCAUGUUGGCCGAUGAUUCGAACGCGGUAGAGGCUUGUGCUCGUCGGCUGCUCCGUUCUUUGGAUCCUGGUCGCAUCAUGCAAGCGGCAGAGGACGAACCAGGUGAUCACGAUUCCGACCGGUGCGCCAAGCUUCACUUUCUCUCAGGUUUGCAUGUGUGCGAAGAACUCAUCGAAUUCGCUCGCGCGGUAUAUUUAAAACUCAUUCGGGAACCGUUUCGCAGAAUACAGCCGAUUAUGCAAGCGGUCGCCAUGGAGGCUGGAUUUUCCGCAGAAAUGCUCCAGACUGUAAAAGCGCGGGACGUAAUUUUUCAAACAGUCACGCUUAUCCCGAACUUAGUCGUUGGUCUUGGUGACGCAGUCAUUAGGGAUUCGGACAUUCUGGCUAGUGAGACAAGCGCACCUCCUUCAGGCAGUGUCUCAUUGCAUUUGAAAACGAACAUCGCUGUCUCGAACUCUGCGGUUGAAAUGUUCUGGGAAACCGCGAAGUUGCUCUCGGCGGGCCUGUCGGCUGUUUCCGCCUUUCGGGAUCGACAGAUUCAAUCGCUGUUAAAUGUGACAGUGGGCCCAGCCAAUGAGAAGACGCACUAUCUCCUCUGCUGGCUGACGGAUGCCCGCCCGUUUGGUGUGGGCGACAUACUGUUGACAAUUUUUGAACGACUCGUGCAGCUGGGUUCCGGUGAAUGGUCACUCAGCUCCGAUCAACAGGAACCUUCCGAGUCUGCCGAUGUACCCGAUAUGAUCCAAUUAACCAAGGAUGCCGCCGCAAUGGCUAUCGAAUGGGCUGAUAAUCUAUUAAAUAUCGCUCGGCAUAGAGUCCAAUGGGCCACAGCAUCGUCUGCUUGGUCUUGGUCGCAUUCAUCUGACUCAUCCCUCGAAUCGGAUCUCCACAACUUGAAACGACGUGUGGAGACCGUCCAGCGGUUGCGCCGCAUGCGGUUCUGGUUUGUGCAACUUCGUAAACGAUUGAUUGAUACUGUUGCGGAUCAUCUACUCCGGCCCGAAGCGGCUCUGGUUCUUGCUGAACGCUUCGCCGAUUGCAAUCAGAUGGUCCGUUUGUGUUAUCUUUUGGAGGUACAGGGUGAACUCUCGAAUGGUGAUUCAGCCGAGUCCAGUAAGCCGCACCACCACCACCGUUGGUUGGCAGAGCUACUCAAACGAGUUCCAACUCAAUAUGGGCUGGCUGAUCAGGCACUUCAGUGGUACUUUUCUUGUGGGGAGCACGCUCGUGUGCAAUCUCUGCUCACUCUUCUUGAGCAACUCAAGAAGUCCGAUUCCUCUGCUGAAGUUGACCAUUAUCCGGAGCCAGCAGCUCCCAGUCUUUCACGAGCGCCGUGGUCCCAUCAGACGAAGCCAUUCGUCGACCGAUUAAAGGAAGUAUCGGAUCCAGUGUAUCGUUUUUUGCACCGCGAAGACGCACGCGAUCACGCUUGGCCUCACCUGAUGUCUACUCGGCAUUAUUCAAAAGCUGCGCGCAUUUUGUUCGAGGAAGGAUGCAAGGAACUCCGUUUCGUAGGACGCAGAAAAACGCUUUUGAGUCUGGCCAAACUCGCCAUUCUGGCGUCAGAUCCCGAUGUGCCCUGUCCGGAGGCAGGAGACGUCUCCUUUGAAAAGGAUCCGCUCGUCACGAAAAUCGACCUUCUUUUGGAGUGGAUCUGGUUCCAGGAACAUCUUCCCAGUGAACUGCGAGUCAAAUCUAUACUCCACACACUGAGUGAUCACGGACUUGGAGAACAUCACGAUCCUGUGAUAAGCAUAGAGGCCUUGGCUCGCUUGUACGUUAGCUCAGUUGAUCACGCGAGUAACGGGGAUCUUAGAGAUUCAUCGGAGAAUCCGGAUUCGAUUUCUUCACACGAGGAUGCUGAGCCCUUCCGUUGUGAUCUAGCGGAGUUCCGUGCUGCCUUCCGUCUGGCCGACCUCCUAGUAGAGGUGAACGAUUUGUCAUCGAAGUACGCCUGUACUGAUCCUACCGUUACACGUGAUGCGCUGCUGACACAUAUAUGGUGCCAAGCUUUGAAAAUGAAUGAUUGGCUCAUUUCCUCACGUCACGACGACCCUGUUCAGCUUUUUGGCCGCAGCUUUAUAUGCGAUUUGGUACGGGACAUUAGCCGCACACACCAAACAGUGACCCAACCCCUGUUUUCUCCGGAAAAACUACUUGCCUGUCCAGCUCUAGAGGGCUACGUAGACAAUUUGCAGUUUCGCUACCUCGUUCAGUCGGGCCUAGAAUUCCUGCAGAGUCUCAUUUGACACAUAUAUUUGCCAUCGCUGUACAAAUGAUACCACCCCUUUGUUCUCUAUGCAUUGUUUUUGUGGCAGAGUAUACUUUUGUAUCAAUCAG